UUAAAAAACAAAAGUUGAGAGAGCAGACUUGAGCAAUAAGUCAGUGUCGUCGGGAGCAACUGCAAAAUACGCCCUUCCUCCUCUUUAUUUACUCUUGGCGAUCAAAGCUUCAGCUUUAGCCGCAUCUCAGAAGAGAAAGAAGAGAAAGAAACAAGCAAUAACUGAGCUUGAGCUAAUUAGGGUUUCUUCUUCGCUUGAUUUCUGAUUACACAAAAUGGAUCUGAAUAUGGAUUUGAACGCACCGCACUCCAUGGGCACCACUAUCAUCGGAGUUACUUACAGCGGUGGCGUUGUCCUUGGAGCCGAUUCUCGUACAAGCACCGGGAUGUACGUUGCUAAUCGAGCAUCCGACAAGAUCACAAAGCUUGCUGAUAAUGUCUACGUCUGUCGCUCUGGAUCGGCUGCAGAUUCUCAGGUUGUCUCUGAUUAUGUGCGCUACUUCCUUCAUCAGCACACCAUACAGCUUGGGCAGCCUGCAACUGUCAAAGUUGCUGCAAACCUUGUUCGGCUUCUGUCAUAUGGUAACAAGAAUAUGCUACAAACUGGCCUUAUUGUUGGUGGGUGGGACAAAUAUGAAGGUGGCAAAAUUUAUGGAGUUCCUCUUGGUGGAACACUAAUUGAGCAGCCUUUUGCUAUUGGAGGCUCUGGGUCUAGUUAUCUGUAUGGUUUCUUUGAUCAAGCUUGGAAAGAAGGAAUGACCAAGGAGGAAGCUGAGCAACUAGUGGUUAAAGCAGUUUCUCUUGCCAUUGCACGGGAUGGUGCUAGUGGGGGUGUUGUUCGCACUGUCAUUAUUAACUCAGAGGGGGUGACAAGAAACUUCUACCCUGGUGACACACUACCACUUUGGCACGAGGAGUUGGAACCUCAAAACUCAUUAUUGGAUAUACUGAACGCAUCCAGUCCAGAACCAAUGAACAUAUGAUCAGGAGGGCUGCACCCCUUGAAUAGUAUCGAGCUGCACUUAGUAAAUCAUGAUUAAUCUUUUGUGCAUGCUCCUCCAAAUCUCAUGUUUGUUUAUGAUAUGUUUGGGAAGUAUGUGUUGAUUCUCUCCGCAGGGGAUUCAAUUAAAUUUGAGCCUUAGCUUUUUCUA